UGUGGAUUAGAGUAAUCCAGCUUGUCCUCCAUACGGUGGACACUGCUGCUCAGUCCUCAGUCUGCUCCGGUGAAGAUGGCUUCUCGUGCUCGCUGGGCGUUCCCUCUGCUGGUGCUGGGCCUUGAAGUCCUGCUCUGCUCUCAGGCUCAGGAGCUGGGUGCACCAGAGACCUGGAGCAACAGGGCGUGUAAAUGUGACUGUGAGGGAGGUUCCCCCCCAACAGAGUUCUCCAGUCUGCUGUCCAAACCCCCCAUGGUACGAGGAGUGGACUGCAUGCCAGAAUGCCCCUAUCAUCGUCAGCUGGGCUUCGAGGCUGGUUCUGUGAGUCCGGACCAGAUCACCUGCUCUAACCAGGAGCAGUACACGGGAUGGUUCUCAUCCUGGGUUCCCAACAGGGCCCGACUCAACAACCAGGGCUUUGGGUGUGCGUGGCUCUCCAAGUUCCAGGACAACAGCCAGUGGCUGCAGGUGGACCUGCGGGAGGUGAUGGUGGUGUCGGGCCUGCUCACACAGGGCCGCUGCGACGCCGACGAGUGGGUCACCAAGUACAGCGUCCAGUACCGCACCGACGAGAAGCUCAACUGGAUCUACUACAAGGACCAGACCGGCAACAACAGGGUGUUCUACGGUAACUCGGACCGCUCCUCCUCAGUGCAGAACCUGCUGCGACCGCCCAUCGUGGCGCGCUACCUGCGCAUCCUGCCGCUGGGCUGGCACACGCGCAUCGCCCUGCGCAUAGAGCUGCUGCUCUGCAUGAGCAAGUGUGUCUGAGGCCCCUCCCCCUGGUGCCUCAACCUUCACCCCUCCACCUGUCCACUCCCUCGUCCCUCCACCCUUCAUCGCUCCUCCCCCUCAUCCCUCCCCCCUUCAUUAAUCCGUCCUUCAUCACUCCACCUUUCAUCACUCCACCCUUCAUCUGUCUGGCCCCUCAUCCCUCCUCCCCCUCAUCUCUCCACCCCCUCACCCCUCAACCCUUCAUUAAUCCAUCCUUCAUCACUCCACCCCCUCAUCCCUCAUACCUCCACCCAUCAUUCUUCAUCCCUCCACCCUUCAUCCUUCACCCCUCCAGCCUAAAAUCUCUCUUUUCCUCAUCCCUCGACCCUUCACCCCUUCAUCGGUCCACCACCUCAUCCCUCCAUUCCGAGGCAUUAUUAUUAAUUAUUCAUGAGUAUUAUUAUUCAUGUAUUCAGUUGCGUUCCUUCUGAAUGUCGUCACGUCGUGUGUGUGGUUGUUAUUUCCCUUGAGAUAGAAUGACAUAUUCGUCAACUCAUGUCAGGGAUUUGUAAAGUACAUCUUGUGGUAUGUUAGUUUAUUGACUCACUCUGUUAGUUUAUUUUGUUUUUAUUUAUAAUAAGCACCACCAACAUACAAUAAUAUGUUUUUUCUAGUGCAACUCUUUGAAACCACUGUCAAAACUUUUUUCAGUUCAAAUAAAACGAUACUCCCGGCUCUUAUGCCAUGAGUCGGACUAGGAAUAUGCAAUGGUCGCUAGCUAUUUUAACUGUUAGCUAUUUCAUUAUUUGUGUGAAUACAAACUCUUUUACACCUCUUUUGUAGUAACUUUCUUCCUUCUUCUUUAAUUUCUGUUCUUUCUACUUGUCUUAAAUUAUGACGCAUUGAGUAAUGUUCUGGUUUGUUUAUUUUUCUUUCUAUCUCUCUAUCUUUCUUGUGUGAACGUUUUUAUUUUAUUUAUAUCGUUAAAAUGCAAUCAAGAUUUCUUUUGUCAGUUGAUAUUACAGUAUAGUGAUCGUUCUCGGCUGUGUUGUACUUGAAUGUUUGUGUUGUGUUGGGGUCAUUGCGUGUCUAGGCAUUGACAGUAAUACCUCCAUUUAUAUUUCUAUGGUGCUUUGGAAUUUGCCUCAAAUUUCAUCCGCUGGAAAUUCUUAUGUUUUAAGACCUCUCCUCUAUAAAACAAAGAAACACACAUGUUGGACCCUG